GUUGGUGUGGACCAACCAACGGCCUAAUGUCCUCCGUGGCGACAUAAACAGACCUGGCCUUCUACCCCUCGCCGCUGCUGCCUGCCGGGUCGGGACCCAAACCUCCCGCUCCUCCGCUCCCCCCAAACCGUAUCUCUAGCCCGAGGAGGGGGAUUCAUUCGGCCAGCGGACCUCCUCCACCGCCGACGAGAUCCACGAUGUCGACCAUCGCCGCCUCCCGCCGCUCGUCCUCGUCCUCGUCCGCGGCCGCCAAGCGCCCCGCGAUUUCGGAGGGCGCCGGGGGACCCAAGGUGGCCGCCGCGCAGGCCAAGAAGCGCGUGGCGCUCGGCAACAUCACCAACGUUGCCGCGCGAGGAGGGAGGGCCGUCGUUGGCGGCGGCCUUGGGAAUGCCGCGCCACCCACCACCAGCGCGAAAUUGAAUCCAGCGGUACCCUUGAAGAAGCCAUCUUUGGCAAGUGCUCGGAGUGUGAGCUCCAUUCGGGGUCAAGCUGUCAAGUCGGCUUCCAUCAAGCCAGCUCCACCAGUGUCACGCCAUGGCAGUGCAAUUCAAAAACAUAAUGUUCCUCCUCCUAAAGUGCCUACCAUUGCCGAUGUGCCAAGUCACGCUCCUGCCUUGGUACCCUGCACCGGCUUGGUGUCUCCUGGACGCUCAGGAGAUUUUGUUUCGAUUGAUGAUACGAUGUCGACUUGCGACUCCAUGAAGAGCCCGGACUUUGAGUACAUAGACAAUCAGGAUUCCUCGAUGCUGGCUUCAUUGCAGCGACGGACAAAUGAACAUCUGCGAAUAACAGAGGAUAGAGAUGUUGAAGAAAAUAAGUGGAAGAAAAAUGCCAUUGCCCCAAUGGAAAUUGACCGCAUUUGUGAUGUUGACAACGAAUAUGAGGACCCACAGUUGUGUGCUACUCUGGCUUCUGACAUUUACAUGCACCUGCGGGAGGCUGAGACGAAGAAAAGACCAUCAACUGAUUUCAUGGAAACAAUUCAAAAAGACAUCAACCCAAGCAUGAGGGCAAUUUUGAUCGACUGGCUUGUGGAAGUUUCUGAAGAAUAUCGUCUUGUUCCUGAUACUUUGUACCUGACAGUUAACUACAUUGACCGUUAUCUUUCUGGUAACGAAAUUAACCGCCAACGGUUGCAAUUACUUGGUGUUGCUUGCAUGCUUAUAGCUGCAAAAUAUGAGGAGAUAUGUGCACCCCAAGUAGAAGAAUUCUGCUACAUAACAGACAAUACAUACUUCAGAGAUGAGGUUCUAGAUAUGGAAACUUCUGUACUGAAAUACUUGAAGUUUGAAAUGACAGCACCUACAGCAAAGUGCUUUUUGAGGAGGUUUGCUCGUGCUGCACAAGCGUGUGACGAGGAUCCUGCUUUGCAUCUCGAGUUCCUUGCCAAUUACAUCGCUGAGCUAUCACUACUGGAGUACAAUCUACUCUCUUACCCUCCAUCACUAAUAGCUGCAUCGGCUAUUUUCUUGGCGAGGUUUAUACUACAGCCAACAAAGUAUCCUUGGAAUUCCACACUUGCUCAUUAUACACAGUACAAGCCGUCCGAGUUGAGUGACUGUGUAAAGGCAUUGCAUCGCCUGUGCAGUGUUGGUUCUGGGACCAACCUUCCAGCAAUCAGAGAAAAGUACAGUCAACAUAAGUACAAAUUUGUUGCAAAGAAGCAGUGUCCACCACAGAUACCUACUGAAUUCUUUCGGGAUGCCACAUGCUAGACUAGAAUCCCAGAAGGCCAGAAGUAAUUCCAGUUGCUUACUGGAAUUUCCUUGAUGUGGCUCAAAUGCCCAGUGUAGCACAGCACAACUGUGCAGGUGAUUAGUUGAUGCAAGUGCUGAUGACCCAGGUUAUUUUAGGUGAUUACAAGUGUGUAGAUUCUAGAUCAAUGUUUGUGGUCAUGUUAGGGCAUUGGUGUGAUUUUCCUUUCCUGCUUCCAAUCUUUCUGUAUCUAGACCAAUGUUUCCAAGCGCUUUAUAAAUCGGAGUUGUGUAUUAGAGCAUAAUAUCUCGUACGUUAACUGAAGAAAUUUGGGACCAGGUUGGUAGAGUUUGUAUAUAUGAAGAUGAGAGCCCAAAUUCAUAGUUGGCUGCAAUGAGGUCUGAGCUGCCUCUUGACAGUAAGACCUAGAAAACAGAUGAAUCUUUCAUCUUAAGCCUGCUGCUGCUUGUUCCUUUCUAACCUACUACUACUGUCUUUUAGUGUAUUUUCUUUAAGCUGUUUAAGCUUGAAGUUUCAAGUUAUUGUGAU